AUGGACGCGGCCCUCUCACCAGCCGACUUCCGCAUUUACAACCGCCUCGCGUCGCAAAUGGAGCAAAUUCACAGCGAAUUCCGCCGCACAUGGACCCAGCUCAAACAAGCCUGCCCCCUAAAUUCCCAGGCCGAACCCAACCCAUAUCCCGCAACAGAUGGUGACGAUGAAGAUGCCUCCGACGAAGAAAUCAUCAUGCUGGGCCUCUCCUUCUGUGAAGGCCUCUCAAUGCACCACUCGAUCGAAGAGCGGUUCUUCUUCCCGCUUCUUGCGGCGCGGAUGCCUGAGUUUGGGCCCUCGGGGAUACUCGCCGAGCAGCAUGAACUUAUUCAUGAUGGGCUCGUGAGGCUGCGCGGGUAUCUGAAUAGGUGCGAGAGGGGAGAGGAGGGGGAGGGCUUGGAUAGGAGUGAAGUUAGGGAGUUCAUGGAUGAUUUUGAGCAGGUGCUCUGGGAACACCUUGAUGGGGAGGUGUCGGUCUUGGGUGGAGAGAAUAUGAGGCGCUUUUGGAGUUUGGAUGAGGUGAGAAGAUUUCCUAUGUAA